AAACUGGGAAACAUUUAUUGUUGUUGUAUCUUUGUUUGUUUAUUGGUGAAUCACCAAUCCUGAAUCAUUCACAAGCUCUUGUUUCUAGAUAAGCUUCAGUAGUGCUCCAACCAAAACACAUACACAAAAAGUCUUUGUAGCUCUAUUCAUAUGUUCUGAGCUUUCAAAUUGCUACAUUGAACUGGGUUUUCUUUAUGGUGCAAAAUUUUCUUGAAUUUUGAGCUUGAAAAUGUGUAAUUGAAAAAGAGAAAAAGAAAAAUGUUUAAGUCAGCAAGAUGGAGGGGUGAAAAGAAUAAGAUCAAAGGUGUUUUCAAGUUGCACUUUCAUGCAACUCAGUUAGGGCAGUUGGGAGGCGAUGCUUUGAUCUUAUCUGUAAUUCCUGUCGACAUUGGAAAACCGACAACAAGAUUAGAAAAGGCUAAGGUUCGAGAUGGAAGCUGUUAUUGGGAAAAACCACUUUAUGAAACUAUGAAAUUCUCCCAGGAUCCAAAAACCGGAAAGGUUCAUGAGAAAAUCUAUCGCUUUGUUGUCACAAAGGAUUCAUCAAGGUUUGGUGGUAUUGGAGAAGUUUCAAUUGAUUUUGCAAAUUAUGCCGAGUCUGCAAAGCUCAAUUCUUUAUCCCUUCCUCUAAAGAAUGCAAAUUCUGAAGCUGUACUGCAUGUAUUGAUUCAAAAGAUGCAGGGUUCUUUUGAUCAGAGAGACUUUGAUGAAAUUGAGAAUACAAGCCAUCGUGAUCAAAGCUUGUGGACACAUUUUGACAACCGUAAUUUAGAAGGAAGUAUUGAAAGGAAUCCUACCAAAGAUCAUGGGAUGGCAAAUGGCAUUAGCAGAGAUCGCAGAGCAUCCAUUGGAUCUGAUAGCAUGCUUUCGAGGUCUGAUAGUGGUUCUGGGAUGGAUACCCCAAGCAAGCACGAACUCAAGAAUAAUAAACUGACUCAUGAAUCUUCAUUGACUAGAGAUAGAUCAUUGCGAUGGGAUUCGUCAAAUGGUUCAGCUCCCAAAUUAAGCACCGAUGAUUCUUCAGUAAGUACUUUAGGAGAAAAUCCCGAAGAGGGUUCUUUGCAAGCUAUAAUCCAAAAGCUCCAAACUGAAGUGGUAGUCUUGACCAGGCAAGCCGAUGUUUCACAGUUAGAAUUGCAGACACUUCGUAAGCAAAUCGUGAAAGAAAUGAAAAAGAGUCAAGAUCUUUCAAGAGAAGUCGCUACCCUUAAGGAGGAAUGUGAAAGACUUAAGGAAUGUCAAUAUUGUGCAGAAGAAGUCAAAGUCGAAGUUAAAGUCAAUGAUAUGUUGUUGAUAGAUGAAGGUGAUCCCUGGGUUCUACUUGAAGAACUGAGACAAGAACUAAGCCAUGAGAAGGAAUUGAGCUCCAAUCUUCAUCUACAGCUUCAGAAAAUGCAAGAGGAAAAGUCAAACGCGAUAUGUUUGAUUGAUCAGCAAUCACAUAUAGUUGAUUCUAAACCUGAAUCGGAUGAUGAGGAACAAAGGGAGUUGGAGGCCAUUGUAAGAGAACAUAGUGGUGCGAAAGAAACGUAUAUACUAGAGCAAAAGAUAAUACAACUUUACAAUGAAAUUGAGUUGUAUAAAAGAGAUAAAGACGAGCUUGAAAUGCAAAUGGAGCAAAUUGCACUGGAUUACGAGAUUCUUAAGCAAGAAAACCACGAUAUGUCUUAUAAACUUGAGCGUAGUCAACUUGAAGAACAGCUAAAGUUUCAGUACGAGUGUACAACCUCUUAUGCCACUGUAGACGAACUUGAAACACAAAUAGAGAGUUUAAAGAAUGAUCUUAAGUCAAAAUCCAAAGAAUUGUCAAAGUCAACUGUUGUUAUAAAAGAACUCGAAUCCCAUAUUAAGAAUCUUGAAGAAGAAUUGGAUAAUCAAGCUCAUGAAUAUGAAGUCGAUCUUGAAGAAUUAAUGUGUGCAAAAACCAAGCAAGAAAAAAGAGCCAUUCAAGCAGAAGAUAACUUAAGAAAGAUGAGGUUGCAAAAUGCUAAUGCAGCCACAAGGCUUCAAGAGGAACUUAGAAGACUCUCCCAAAAAAUGGCAUCUACGUUUGAAGUUAACGAGAAGGCAUCCAUGAAAGCCAUGGAGGAAGCUAAUAAACUUCGUGUUGAAAAACAGGUUCUUGAGAAUACCCUCGAAAAAGUGAAAAAUGAUUUAGAGCAUCUUAGAGACUGUUUCCAUAAAACAAAAGUUUUUCUUGAAAACCAAUUAGCUCUCAAGUCAGAACAGCUGGGGAACAUUAGGAAACAGAUUGCAGAUAUAAGUGGUGAGCUUGAACUUCAAAAAGAAACAAGCAGAGCCGAAAUUCAAAGGCUAAACAUGCGGAUUGAGAAUCUUGAAAGUGAAAGAUCUAUGGAACUUGUUAGUGAUAGCUCUGAAGACCUAUUUCUGCAUAAGGAGAAAGAUCUUCAACUUGAAAUUCGAGCGCUUGAUACAAAAUUGGAUGUUCUUCUUUGAAAAACCGAGAAUUCACAUGCCUCGACACAUGCAACUUCUGACUGAAAGCUAGAGGUGGCAAGAUGGGUGGUUUUGUUAGCAUGGAAAUGGGUCAAAAUGUUCUGGCUUAAAUGGGUCUUUUUCUGAUACGGGUCAAAACAAGAUGGCUUGGUUGGGCUGCUUCACAUACAUUUGUUGGUCCAUAUUUUUGUAAAUGACUAAUAUGUUAAUUAUGAUUAUAAAUAACCAUAUUAUUGUAAAAAUCUUAAUCCAUUAAUAAGAUGUAUUAGGAAGUUGUAUUUUAAGCUAACUUAAAAUCGUUUGACAAAUUUCCUGUUAUCUAAUAUGUUUAUUUGAACCAUA